UUCCAGACCUUUCACGUAAGAGCUGUUUUUGUUGUUGUUUUUUAAGGAGCUCCAUAACCGUGGUCGCAGGGCCGCCCCGGACUUGAAGGGGUGCCGCGGUGCACGUCCCGUUGUAUGCUUUCAUUUAUUUCCCCGCCGAGCGCGCGGCCCGGGGCCUCCCCCGCUGCCGGUUCCGACCGGCCCUCCGCGGCCCCUGCCCUGGCGUCGGCGUCGCCGUCGUGCUGAGCGAGGGGGACCCGGCACGGCCCCGCCGGCCACCGGGCGCCCGCCUGCGGGAGGACAGCUGCGGGAACGGCAUCUCGAGCAUGGGCUUCAUCUGUAGUUUGCAGUGAAGACUGAUACUUUGAAGGCACAUUCUUUCUGUGAUUCAUGUCUUAGCCCGUAGCGCUAACCUUGAAGAGAUUUGUGGUUGGGUUUUUGGUUUCUAAGAAGGUCAGAGUUUUUCCUCUUUUUCUUUCGGUUUUUUUCUCCGACGGGGGAGGGGUCGGGGGCUGAGAACGGACACCGUGCUCGCUGGUACAGAUAGAAUGGAGCCUGAGUUCCCAGGGUCCUGAGAGCCAGCAGAGAGCAUCCGAGCACCGGAGCAUCGGAGCAUCCGACCGCAUCGGAGCAUCCGACCGUGAGGUUGGGAGGCCCUCCUCCCACCUUUCUUAAAAAUUGCAGCCGACUCAGCCCCGAUCAAGACCUCAAAACUGCAGGAUCCUAGCUCCGCGAAGACACUGAGAAACCAUGAGUGUGAGGUUACCCCAGAGCAUAGACAGAUCAGCCAGUAAGAAGCAGUCUCACCUGUCCAGCCCCAUUGCAGCCUGGUUAAGUAGCCUGUCUUUGGGAGAGCCGGCGCCUGAACGCAGGUCCCCUUCCCACCUCCGCCAGCCCUCCGAUGCCUCUGAGGCAGCAGGUCUUGUUCAGCGCUGUGUCAUUAUCCAGAAGGACCAGCAUGGCUUCGGCUUCACGGUCAGUGGGGACCGUAUCGUUCUGGUGCAGUCUGUGCGGCCUGGUGCGUGAGGUGAGCCACACCGUGGUUUGCCAUGUGCGGUGGCAUUAGGUCUAAAACCACGACACACGAGCCUUCGCGAAAAGCACCUUCUUGCUCAUCAGCCGGUCACAGCCUUUGUGCCGGCGGCGGUCUCGCCUCGGCGUCGGUGGCUGCCGAAGCGGCAGUGGCCGUGGGAGUCUCCGAACAUCAGACGGUGAAGUUUGCGGCAUCAAUGGGCCCCUCCUUCCGUGGACGAUGUCCCGCAGCACUUCUCAGAGCUGGAGCCGGUCCUCUCCCACGCUGCCUCUGUGUGAUCCGCUAGGUUUGUCCAAAAUCCGUCGAGGUCAUGGCCGCGGUCUUCACAGCAUCCCCUCCAGGAGGAGCUCCCCCAUGGGGAAAGCACGUGCUUGGCUCCUCCUCCGUAAGGAGAGCUCCACGUGCGUUCAGAUCACACCCUGAGAUCGCAGCAGUUCUGUCCCACUUCCCGCCCCCUGCUGUUUCCACAUCUGCGGCAACUUCUCCAGUGAAGCCCGGAACCCCACACGGUCCUCCACGAGGGCUGCAGUCAGCCUCCAAACCCCUGUGAAUGUUGAUACUUGGACCUCUUCUCACAAACCAUCAAUGUUCUCAAUGACAUCAAGGAUGACGAAUCCUUUCCAGAAGGUUUUCAGUUGACUUUGCCCAGAUCCAUCAGCAGAAUCAUCUAUGGCAGCUGUGGUCUCACAAAGUGUAUUUAUCAGAUAAUAAACUGGAGUCGGGACGCCUGGGUGGCUCAGUUGGUGAAGCGUCUGCCUUCG